AUGGAAACUCUACGAACUGAUAUCAACGAAGCACCUCCCAGGUUCUAUCGUGUGCAAGCCGGUCUUUCUCGGGUGGCAUGUGCCGAACUUGGAUUUCAAUCAAGCUCAAGGACAAGUGUAGAUUCCGAGGACCAACUGAUUGAAGCCAUUCAACGACGGCUAGACUGGACAAAUGAGAAAGAAAGCCCAUUUAUACCGGUAUUCUCGGAUUACCAGAAAGCUCACACCUGGGCGCUUGCCCUAACCACGCUGGGGGUCGCCGAUGUUCGCAUCGCCGAAAUCGAUUCAAGUGAACUAGCUGGUGCGAUUAUGUUUAGUAUUAAGCGAGCACGGGACGUGCUGGGAUCGAAUAUUCCCGCUGAUGACCGGCACGACGGAGAAUGGCUCAUUAGGGACUGGAUUCCCUCUACGGCCGUUGUGCGGUGGAUAAAUAGUGAAGAAAUCCAACGAGACUUUAGACAAAUAUGGAGGUCUGGUCAAACCAAGGACAUCCCGUUGCACCAGGAGACUGAUAUACCUGGAUGGAUGCACACCAGGAAAGGCUUCUGCGCGCCGGAGGAGAAAUGGCAGCGCGGCGACCGUUAUGUCUCUGAUGUUCAGCAUUGA